AUGGAAAUUUUAAAAGUAUUUGGUUCUACUAAUUUAAACAUUACAAGUUUACAAGUUAUUAGGAAAGAUUGUGAUGAGUUAUUUGAUAGUAAGUUGGUUUUGGGAUUUGAAGAUGGAUCUAUUGAAAUAUUUAAUAAUUUUAAUGAUGAAUCCUCUAAUAAAUACAAAUUACAUAGAAAGAAAAUUACAUCAAUUGAAUAUUUUAAAGAUAAUAAAGUUUUAAUAGGAUCAUUAGAUGGAUCAUUUUCUACUCUAGAUUUGGAUAUUUAUACUGAGAAAAUCACUCAUAUUAAUUCAUCCAUAUGCAAGGCUUUUUAUAAUAACAAUUUGAUAUUUUGUGCUUGUAAUGAUAGAACUGUUAGAAUUUUUGAUAAUUUAAAGUUGAUUGAUCAGAUUGUUUUUAAAGACUUUAUUAAAGACAUCUUUAUUAAAGGUGAAGAGUUAUUUGUUAUACUGAAUAGUGGUCAAGCUUUACUAGUUGAUUAUAAAACUAAAGUUGAACGAGUUUUUUCAGAGUUUAAAAAGUUUAGAAAUUUAGUUGUUAAUCUUAAUUACUUAUUAAUUCAUUGUAGUAGAAAAGUUUUUAUUUAUGAAAUUGGAAAAACUUUUAAGUUUAUCAGAUCAAUUGAUACUGAUGAAAAUAUUAGAAGAGUUGAUAUCUGUAAUAAUAGUGGAAGGAUUGUUAUGUUUGGCAAAAAUAAUUCUGUUGAAAUGGAAGACAGUGGGAAACAAAUGAAUUUUUUUCAUAAAAAUGAGAUUAUUGACAUAAAGGUUAUUAAUGAUGAAGUAUUUACACUCUCUAAAGAUAAGUUGUUGAUAUGGUCAUUUAAUAAAGAUGAGUUGUUUAUUACAACCAAGAUUGAUUUAGUUGGUGGUAUUUGUUUUGUUGUUGUGGGCGAUGAAAUUGUUAUAGGAACGGAUUCUAAUUUAAUUUCUAUAAAUAGAAAUUCAUUUGAUAAAAAUAUUUUAUUAGAAAAUAAAAUAUACUCUUUAGCAGUAAAUAAGAAUCACAUAGCAGUUUGUUCUAAAGAAAUAAUAUUUUACAAUUUUGAGUGGAAGGAAGUUAAUAGACUUACACCUAAAGAUACCGUUACUUAUUCAUCAUUUUAUGGAACUAAUUUAUUUGCUUUUUCUUGUAUGGAUUCUAAAAUUUAUGUUUAUUCAUAUCCAAAUUUGGAUUUAAAAUUUACCCUUUAUGGCCACUCAUUACCAAUUAGAUCAUUUAAGUUUUCACCUGAUGGUACUUUAUUGACCUCUUGUGGCGCCGAUAAGUUAAUUAAAGUUUGGGGUAUGGAUUUUGGUGAGUGUAGGAAAACAUUUAUUGGUGAUUCAUUAAAUGUUGAGUAUGUUGAUGAUGAAUUGUUUCUUUAUUAUAAUGAUGGAAUUAUCUAUAAUAGGAAAUUUUCCAAAUUAAGAAAAUAUAAAUCAUAUGAAAGAGGAUUGAUUGCUGUUAAUGAUGAUUUUAUGAUUUUUACGACUAAUCAGGGAUUGGCUUAUUACUCCAUUGAUGAGGCUGGAUUAAUAGAAGGGGAAGAAGAUGAUGAUGAAUUUGAUAAAGUUAUAUUAAAAGAAGGAUUGAUUAUAGAUUUAAAGGGGUAUGAACGAUUUGUAGGUUAUUUAGAAAAUAUUGAAGAGAAUAGUAACAUACUUAAAGGUGAAUUUUAUAAUUUUCUAGUAGGUUUAGACUUAUUAGAAGUUCUUAAUUAUAUUUCAUUACUUGAUGUCAUUAGUAUAAAAAUUAUAUUAAAGGAAUUAGAAGAAAACAUAGAUGUGAACAUAAUAUUUAAUACACGUGUGUUUAUUAAAUUAUAUGAAUACCACGAGGAAAUAGUUAAAUCUUAUGAAAAUUAUGAACAAAUUAAAAUAGGAUUAAUUGAAUGUGUAGGCAAAAUUAGGAAUAAAACGGGUGAAUUAUGUUUUAAAACUAAAAUGUUUACUAAUUUUAUAGAAUAA